AUGGGGAAGUACGACGAAGCCAAUGAGAUCGAAUUCAACUGCGUCAUCAAAGGCGGCAAACACGUUAAGGUGGAGCAAGAGGAUGACAUGACACUCCGACAGUUGCAGGCCUAUAUACAGACCACUCAAAAACUCAUGGGAGAACUGACUCUUUACUACGGCAACAAAAAGCUCACCAACCUGUUCGUCCCCAUUGGAGAGGUUCUGAGACCCGGAGACACUCUGGUCAUCCAAAACAACACCAAGGCGAUCGUCGCCACUGGCGGCUUUGGUAUGGGAGGCGAGGCGACUUCCAACAGCAGAAAGCAGGCCAUCGCCCAGGGGGGCCACGCUACCGGCGGCAUGUUCUACCCGUCGGGGAGAUCCAAGGGAGGCAGUGGAACUGGAGGAGAUGCCUGGGGGGAUUAUGGGGCGGGCGGGGAUGGCUUUGGGGGAGGUGCGAACAACGUAGAUGGAAAAGCGAGGGCGGGCCUAGCGGUAUCGGGGAAUUUUCAUAAACAUGAGGAGCACCGAUCGAUGAAGGAGAGGCUCUUUAGGCGUUAA